AUGGAUAUUCUUUGCGAAGAAAACACUUCUUUGAGCUCAACUAUGAACUCCUUAAUGCAAUUAAAUGAUGACACAAGGCUCUACAACAACAACUUUAACUCCGGAGACACUAACACUUCGGAUGCAUUCAACUGGACAGUGGACUCGGAAAAUCGAACCAACCUUUCCUGUGAAGGCUGUCUCUCCCCACCGUGCCUCUCCUCACUUCAUCUCCAGGAAAAAAACUGGUCUGCUUUGUUGACGGCUGUAGUGAUUAUUCUAACCAUUGCUGGAAACAUACUCGUCAUCAUGGCAGUGUCCCUAGAGAAAAAGCUGCAGAACGCCACCAACUAUUUCCUGAUGUCACUUGCCAUAGCUGAUAUGCUGCUGGGUUUCCUUGUCAUGCCUGUGUCCAUGUUAAACAUCCUAUACGGUUACCAGUGGCCUCUGCCUAGCAAGCUCUGCGCCAUCUGGAUUUACCUGGAUGUGCUCUUCUCCACGGCCUCCAUCAUGCAUCUGUGCGCCAUCUCGCUGGACCGCUACGUCGCCAUCCAGAACCCCAUCCAUCACAGCCGCUUCAACUCCAGAACUAAGGCAUUUCUGAAAAUAAUUGCUGUUUGGACCAUAUCAGUAGGUAUAUCCAUGCCAAUACCAGUCUUUGGGCUACAGGAUGAUUCCAAGGUCUUCAAAAAAGGGAGCUGCUUACUUGCUGAUGAAAACUUUGUCUUGAUCGGCUCUUUCGUGUCAUUUUUCAUUCCCUUAACCAUCAUGGUGAUCACCUACUUUCUAACUAUCAAGUCACUCCAGAAAGAAGCUACUUUGUGUGUGAAUGAUCUCAGCACUCGGGCCAAAUUAGCUUCUUUCAGCUUCCUCCCUCAGAGUUCCCUGUCUUCAGAAAAGCUCUUCCAGCGGUCGAUCCACAGGGAGCCUGGGUCCUAUGGCAGGAGGACUAUGCAGUCCAUCAGCAAUGAGCAAAAAGCUUGCAAGGUGCUGGGCAUCGUCUUCUUUCUGUUUGUGGUGAUGUGGUGUCCCUUCUUCAUCACGAACAUCAUGGACGUCAUCUGCAAAGAAUCCUGCAAUGAGGAUGUCAUCGGAGUCCUGCUCAAUGUGUUUGUUUGGAUCGGUUACCUCUCCUCAGCAGUCAACCCGCUAGUGUACACACUGUUCAAUAAGACCUAUAGGUCGGCCUUUUCGCGGUAUAUACACUGUCAGUACAAGGAAAACAAAAAACCAUUGCAAUUAAUUUUAGUGAACACUAUACCAACCUUGGCCUACAAGUCUAGUCAACUCCAAAUGGGACAAAAAAAAAACUCAAAGAAAGAUGCCAAGAUGACAGAUAAUGACUGCACUAUGGUUGCUCUAGGAAAACAACAUUCAGCAGAUGCUCCUACAGACAGUAUCAACACAGUGAAUGAAAAGGUUAGCUGUGUGUGA